AUGAACCAAGCCUUUCUGACUGUGAGUCCCAGCAGAUCUCAGAUGUUUGAAGAAGAGUUUGUCUCUCUGAGCUGUGAGGAUGACGACAGCUCUGCUGGAUGGAAGCUGAGGAGGAACACAACCAGAGAAACCAGGAAGGAGUGUGACAAGUGGGGAAGAUCAACUGGUUCCUCCUGUAACAUCACUGACAUCACCCCACUGGACAGUGGAGUUUACUGGUGUGAGUCCAGAGAGGGAGCAACCAGUAACAGCAUCAACAUCACUGUCACUGGUGGAUCAGUGAUCCUGCAGAGUCCUGUCCUCCCUGUGAUGGAGGGAGAUGAUGUCACUCUGCACUGUAAAACAAAGACCUCCAACCUCCCAGCUGGUUUCUAUAAAGAUGGCUCCCUCAUCAGGACCGAGCCUGCAGGUCACAUGACCAUCCACCAUGUUUCCAAGUCUCAUGAAGGCCUCUACAAGUGUCACAUCAGCAGUCAUGGAGAGUCUCCAUCCAGCUGGAUCUCUGUCACAGGUAAACCUACAACCACAGCCCCGCCCCCUGCACGUGAAGCCACGCCCACUUAUCACGAUACCACGCCCCAUGUCUCAGCUCCUCCCCAGCUUGUGUUCAGACUGGUCUGCCAUCUAGUGGUGUUCUGUCCGUACUUCAUCUCCACUCUCCUCAUGGUGUCUGUAUAUCGACACAGACCCAAAGGAAAUUACCCACCUGUCUCCAUGGUGAUGACCCAGCCCACCCAGGCUGAGCAGGGAUUGGAUGAUGACUAUGACAUCAUCCCCUCCGUCACCACAGAGCAUCACUUCUGAACUGAACCAAAGAGUCGUCGUUCUGAAGCUUCGAGUCAUGAAAGAAAAUCAUCAGAGGAGCUGAAACGCUUCCUGAAGAACUCCUCAUGUUCUAGUUUGACUUGUACAUGAACUGUGUUGAAGUUAGAAAUAGUUUAUAUUUCUGCUGCUGUGUGUCUCUGUUUAAAGCUUCAGAUCUACUAAAGAAAAUGUCUUUAUUUUCUGCCAUGAUGUUAUAAACUUCUUUUCUUAAAUCUAGUGAAAUAAUGUGCAGAGCAGCUUCACAUCUAUUAAUGUAUCUCUCUACUGUUUGUCUUGUUGUUCAUUUUAUGACUUCAAGUUUAAUUAUUGAUGUAACACCAGUGUACAACCAUUUCUGCAGAAUUAAAAAGUGUGUGAUG